AUGUCAGGCAAAGAUCGAAUCGCAAUCUUUCCGUCGCGUGGGGCGCAGACCAUGAUGAAAGGACGCUUGAAGGCCGCUCAAAAAGGCCACAGUCUGCUCAAGAAGAAAGCCGAUGCGCUCCAAUUGCGGUUCCGAGCCAUCCUCAAGAAGAUCAUCGACACGAAGCAAACCAUGGGCAACGUCAUGAAGGAGGCGGCCUUUUCUUUGGCUGAGGCCAAGUUUGCCUGUGGGGACUUUGCCCAGCCCGUGUUGCAGAACGUGAACAAGGCCCAAUUGAAGAUCCGCACCCGUAAGGACAACGUAGCGGGCGUCAAUCUGCCCGUGUUCGAGAGCUACCAGGAUGGCUCGGAUUCGUACGAGUUAGCCGGACUGUCACGAGGCGGUCAGCAGAUCACCAGCCUCAAGAAGAAUUACCAGAAGGCCGUCACUCUCUUGGUGGAGUUGGCCUCGCUUCAGACUUCGUUCAUCACGCUGGACGAGGUGAUCAAGAUCACCAAUCGAAGGGUGAACGCCAUUGAGCACGUCAUUAUUCCCAAGAUCGAGCGCACUCUGGCCUACAUCAUUUCCGAAUUGGACGAGUUGGAGCGUGAGGAGUUCUUCCGCCUCAAGAAGGUCCAAGACAAGAAGAAGAAGAUGCGUGCCAUCAAGGAGGCCGAGGCGGCCGAGCGCAAGGCCUUGGGCCUGGAUGACGAUGACGGAGACGAGGACAAUCCUAACGAUAUCUUCGAAGAAGAGCACGAUGAAGACUUGUUAUUUUAGAGAGCGACGGGCAGGAAAAGAUCCGAGACAUUCUUGAUUGUUCGAUUAUUUCAAUGGGUUUGUGUUUUUCAUUCAUACAGUAUCUAAAUAAAGCAUUUCAUUGAUA